AUGGAGUCGCUAAGCAGCGUGGGCACGAUUGUGCGGAUCGCGCAGGACAUUGCGGGGGCGGUGGCCACGGUGAGCAAGAACAGGAGCCGGUGCCAGAAGCUCGCCAAGCGCGUGCAGGGCAUCGGCGACCUCCUGAGGGAGCUCGACGGCGCGGAGGCGGGAGCGACGACGGCCGGCGACGACGCGACCAGCAAGCUGCUGGGCAGGCUGGAGGAGGCCCUCCGGCGCGCGCUGCGGCUGGUGCGGUCGUGCCAGGACAGCGGCUGCCCGCGCAGCCUCAUCGCCGGCGGGCGGAUGGCCGACCGGUUCGAGGAGGUGGACGGCGAGAUCGACCGCUGCCUCCUCGACCUCGGUGUUGCCAAUCGCAUCCUCAUCGCCCGGCUCGAGAGGCAGCUGCGCCGCGGCGGCGUCCGGUGCCGCGACCCGGGUCGCACGGAGACGGUGACGCUCAGAAUAGGGAUGCCGUGCGACGACGACACCGACGACAUCAAGCGCAGCCUCGGCAUGUUGCCAGGAGUGACGGACGUGGCAGGCGGUGCUGCUAUCUCCAGCAAGGACCAGUUCAGGGUGACCGUCACGUCCGACGCCGUCGACAUCCCUUCGCUGCUGGACAAGGUGAAGGAGAAGCUCAACCGCAACGUCGAGCUCAUCACGCCGGACACCACGAAGAACGCCAGCAACAAAAAGAGCCUCGCCGCCGGUGCCUCCCACAUGGACAGGCAAAAUUACAGGAGGCAUGCUAUUGGAGACGGGACCAAGAAGGAAAAGCCGGCUGCAAUAGCUGCGGCGGCGCCGGCGCCCAACAUGGCAACAGGAUCGAACCAAGAGCCUCCGCCGUUCGCCUACCUGCCGUUCGCGGUGGCGUUGGUUCCCAUUGGCGGCGACGCGAGCAGCAUGUACUACCACGCCCCGUCACCAUACAGCUACCUGCCGCCGUACCCACAAGGCCCGCCCGGCGCCGCAGGUUAUUCAGUCCACGCUCGGCGGCCGACCAACCCUCAGCACGUCCACUUCAACAGGAGCGAAAGAUGUGACGGCGCCAGCGACGCCAAUCACGCUGUGAAGAACUCCGGCGACAGGGAUGAGAAGAAACGGAACGUCACUGCCGAUGGCGGAGGCGCUGACAAGGAGGCGGACCCAGUGCUUACCGGCGGCGGUGGCAAGACGAGGGACGGAGGCAAGACCGCCGCAGCCACCGCUCAUAAGGCCACGGCGGCGAUCGGUGUUCCCGUGCACACGGUGACUGCAGGCGUGGCGGGGCUGGUACAGGCGGUACCCCCACCGUCGUACGGGCACGGCUACUUGCCGUAUGCUCCAGGCCGCCACACCGGUCACUGCUGCUGCCAGAACAACGCUGGUGGACCUUCUGAUGACGCCGCUGCUGCUGCCAACUACAAUAACCACUACUCGUGGUACCCGGACAUGUUCAGCGACGAGAACCCUAACGCCUGCUCUGUGAUGUAAAUUAAGGUAUGUAAAUUAAGGUGUUGUUUGGAUGCAGGACCAAUUUUUAGUCCGGAUCACAGUAAAUGUUUGAUACCAAUUAAACUAAUUGUAUAAACGGAGACUAAUUCACGAGAUGAAUCUGUUAAACCUAACUAAUUCAUCAUUAGCAUAUAUUUACUGUAGCACAACAUUAUCAAAUCAUGGACUACUUAGGCUUAAUGGAUUCGUGUCGUGAAUUAGCCUCCAUUUAUGCAAUUGGUUUUGUAAUUAACCCAUAUUUAAUAUUUCUAAUUGGUGUCCAAACAUCCAAUGUGAUGUGCAUCAGAACGGCCUCUAAAGGUUAGGUGGCGCAUGAGAACAGCAAAAGUUCAAGAAGUAUCGUACUCGUGCUAUCUCCAAUAAUGUUGCAUUACAAAUGGUGUGAACUUCUGUCAGUAUUAGAAAUUCAGAAAUUGCGAGGUUUUGAUUACCUAUGCUUUGAUGUCGAGUACUGUGUCAUUGUGUGAGUGAUAAUGUGAUUCUCUCA